CAGUUAGUUGGAAGUCCAAGGUGUAAUCUUAGGAGAGUCAGUGGUAUUUGGCACAGGAUUAGCAUAUUGUUAAUUAAAAUGACGCAGUCAGAGUACCUUGCUUCGAAUCAGCGCAAGAUUCUUUAUAACUCUAUGCUAUGUUGGGAAAAUUAAUUGCAGUAUACGGCACUGGAUAGAAUAUACAAUAGCAGCCAGGCCUUAUAAAACAAAUGAUUAGGCCUAAUAGCAGGCAGAACUUCAAGUCAUCUGAAAUUAGAUUUUGCCAUGUUUGUGUGCACAUUUUAUGGAAGCCAAUCAAGUGAAACAUUGUAAGGAACAUUACAUUUGAGACAGUAUGUUCAUACACAAAAGUGACAUGUAGAAAAUUAGACAGAAACAAAAUGCAUGUUCACUUUGAGGAAAACCAUGUAACACGGUGUGAAUGUGUCAUCCAAUCUUUGUCAUGGAUGGGAAAAGUUCCUGAUAAUCCACCAGAAAGUGAUGGCUGGAAACUUAAUCGGGCCCAUUAUUAUCAGGAAGGCUGGAUAUCAACUGGGAAUAUAAAGGGGACAGUAGGAGUCACCUACACAUCAUGUAAAUAUCGCCAGCAAAGUGAACUCCCAACAAGAACAAAUUUCAACCUAAGAGGACAUAGAUCUGAGGUUGUGAUUGUACGAUGGAAUGAGCCAUACCAGAAACUUGCAACGUGUGAUGCAAAUGGGAUUAUUUAUGUUUGGAUAAAGCAUGAAGGAAGGUGGUCGAUAGAACUGGUCAAUGACAGGAACAUUCAGGUAAUGGACUUCAGUUGGUCGCAUGAUGGUCGUAUGGCUUUGAUAUGCUACCGCGAUGGUUUUGUAUUGGUUGGCUCUGUAGCCGGACAACGAUACUGGUCAACCACCCUUACACUUGACAACAGUAUCAUCACAUGUGGCCUGUGGAUGCCAGAUGAUCAGAAGGUCCUAUUUGGCACAAAUGAUGGUCAGAUUGUCACUAUGAACUCUAAUGGAGGUAUGAUAUCUCAAGUGACAAUACAAGAGGGGGCAGAGAUAACAGCCAUGGCUUGGUCGUGUGAGAAGUUCAACAUGGAAGAGCCAAAUGAUGAAACUGAUGACACAGCCAGUCAAGAUGAAGACCGUGUUAAUUUGCUUGCAAUCUGUUUCAAAUAUGGUGCAAUCUAUUUAACUACUAGUGUUGAUGAUGUUUGUCCUAAGAUCAUCUAUACAGGCCUAACAGGACUAAAGAUGGAGUGGAGCAAUGAUGGGGAGGUGCUGUGUGUUGGGGGCUUUGUACGUCAGCCCAACUUAGAAUGUAAGAACAGGGUGGAUUUCUACACACGUGAGGGCUCUCUCAGGUUCUCUAUUGAUAUCCAUACUCAGACAAAGCCUCUCACAGCUGUAACAUGGGGUCACAAUGAUAAGAGACUGUUCAUAGCAGUGGGAUGCUAUAUAUUCAUAGCUUGGGUAAACAAACAUGUGUCAUCGCUGCAGUACUUGUGUAGGAGGAACAUUCAGAAGCAACUAAGGGUGUGCACAGCAAUUCAAAAGCUGCCAUUACCUACCAAGCUCAAAUCACAAGUCGCCAUGAUGUUUAUGCCAACAAUUAAAGGUUGUACACCUGAUGCCUAUAAGCUACGGGAAUUCGUCAGCCAGCCCCCAAAUGGUGGAGAACGUUUGUAUUGCACUAUGUUACGUCAUGGGGAUGAAAAUUCUGGUUACUAUACGCUCUAUCUAGAGUUCCUGGGGGGACUUAUUCCACUGCUGAAGGGUAAACGAGCCAGUAAACUGAAGCCUGAGUUUGUUAUCUUUGAUCCUAAGAUCAGACUUGGAAAAGAUUCUGAAGAGAACAGUAGUACCUCUGAAGCAAGUAGUGGAUCAGAUUCUGAUAAUGACAUCCAAACUGAUGGAUGUGGGUCACCGAGAAUGAAACGAAAGAUGCGUCAGAAGCCUCGGAAAAUCAGUCGUGUUGAAGGGCGAGACCAGAAGCGACCAAUAGAUGAAAUCUUAUACGAUGAUAAUUUGCCAGAGAAUAGUAGGCUUGUAUCUGUGACAUCAAAUAUAUGGGGAACAAAAUUUAAAAUUUACGGGACUAAUCCAGCUGUACCAGAUGAGAUGGGAAGCAUUACGUAUAAGACCAGUCUGCUACAUUUACAACCACGGCAGAUGACAGUAAUUAUCAAUGAUACACAUCCUAGAAAUAGUCCAAUAGAUGGCAGUGCAGGCUGUAGUGAAGAUGAAGAAAGCAAUGGCAACUCAGAAUCCAGCUUCACAAACUCGACACACUGUGGCAUUGACGUGUCUGAGAUUUCACAUAUCACUGCUCAGUCACCAAAACAUUUUCUCACAGAGCCUUUAGAUGGCACCAUAGUGUUAGAAAACACUGUUAAAGGACCCUCCUUCUCCAGGACAGACCCAAAUGCUGAUUACUAUAUCAUGGAUAAAAAUUUUGGAGAGGGACCUAUUGUAAUGAAAUCCCCUAUGGGUUCAUCUAAAGGGUCAAGUUCACCAGAAUCCACAAACUCGAAUGGAUUCCAUUUAGAAAAUAACUCUGAUUUGUUACUAAAGGAGACACAUUUAGAACAAAGGACUGCUAAUGAUAAAGUGCAAUUACGGCAGAUCUAUGCCACCCAGGGUGCCAUACCUAAAUCUCUUGCAGCUCAACGGACUAAGAAAGUAGGAAGUGGUUGUGGUGAUAAACCAUCUGAGAAGAAAGAUGGCGUUUUAAAUCAGGGAUAUAUUAGUAUUAUAGGUGGCAGUAUAGUUGAUGGUGAGGUUCCAAGAUGGGCAAAUCGGGCCAGCAGUGAACUGAAAUACAUUGAUGAUGAAAUGGAUGAUAUUACCCUUGAUGUUGUCAAGGAUACAGAUCCCUUGAAAUCAUGCCACCCAAGGGGUCUUUCUAGUCAUGGAAUAUCAGUUAACUCUGGGGCAAUUAGUCCAGACUCUAGCCCUACAACUUCACUACCCGAUAAUCAAAAACGGUUGAUACUUGCACCAACUGUAAAAAGUAAAGACCAAAGUGCAAAAAAACAUUCAUCUUCUGAAGCUGAUGGUAUAAAGGACAUUGACAUGGAAGAUGCACAAUUUGAAAUUAGUAUUAACACAAAUCUGGUAGCUAAUGCAAUUGGCACUUCAAAUGAGAGUAGCAACUUUCAAAAUGAUCAUAUAGGUACUAAAGAUGAUACUAAACACCUUGGCUUUGAUAUCACCCCCAAACAUUGUGGUAGACCAAGGAAACUUUCAGGGACAGGAGGCACAGCAUUCCCAGAAUCAACUAGCUCUGAGAAAGAUACUGUCAUGAAUCAUGGUAAACAAUUAAACCUGGAUAUUCCAUCCGGGGUCCCUACAAACCCUUGUUGUAACAUCCCAAUCCAGUCCAGACAUAGUAUUACCUCAUUAGACACUGAUAUCAUAGAGGAAAAAAUCUCAAAUAAGGAAUUUGCUGGGAAAAUAGACAGGGAUUCUAUCCAUAGUUCCUCAUUGCCUAACUCUCCUGCACACAGACCACACAUUGCCAAGCGUGUGAAAUCUAAACACGACAUUCCUCUCAGCAAAAAUAAGGUGAGGAGUCCAUUAUUUACUCGUAAGAUGAAGAACUGCAAAUCUGGUAUUGAUAGUUCAGAUGAUGAAUCAGUGAUUGUUUGUGAUGAUGUCACAACUGGACGCAAUUACAAGAACCUCGAAACAUUCCAGAAGUCUCAACUCAGGCAGAAACUACGCAAGGUCAAGUAUGUGAAGGGAGAGGUAGAGAAAAGCAGGAGUGACUAUGGGCAGAAGCUGGCUAGGGAAUUCACAAUGCACAACAAAGCUCCUCUAUGGAAUGAGAAUAGUCAGGUUUACCAAUUAGACUUUGGAGGAAGAGUCACACAGGAGUCUGCCAAAAAUUUCCAGAUUGAUUUAAAUGGAAAACAGGUGAUGCAGUUUGGAAGAAUAGAUGGCAAUGCAUACACACUUGAUUUCCAGCACCCAUUCUCAGCCCUUCAGGCAUUCUCCGUUGCUUUAGCUAAUGUAACACAGAGAUUAAAGUGAUUCUGUCUGUUUAGCUCAUGGAGACAUUAGGCUUGCAGUGUUUGUCACAAAUUAACUGUGAACGCAAAGUAAAUGAAUCAAUACAGUAAUAUGUUUUACGCACAUGCAAAACAAGCAUUAACUAAGUCUACUUCAGAUACCCGAUCAGCUUUAGCUUUGUGUUUUGAACAUGAGAUUUACAAUUUCACAUUGGUGUCAACAAGAAUCAUUCUAGUCAUGUCUGUUGCUGGCAAUUUUGAUUUCGAUGCACGGUAUAAUGCUUUCUGAAGAAAAUGAUGUGUGUCAUACAUGUUUUAGCUCCAAAUAUCUUACAAAACAGCUGGUUUAAAUAUGUAUCAU